AUGUUACAACAGCUUUAUGAUCCUGAAAAUGGAUUUCAGGGCGACAAAAUAAUAUUUCUGCGGAAUUUCGGCGCUCUUGUUUUGGCACUGGCACAACUUUAUGUGUUUUUCUGGUUCGCCAACGAAGUCAUCCUGGAGAGUUUAGCAAUAUCGGAUGUAAUAUAUAACGAGUCGAACUGGAUCACGUACAGCAAAGCCAAUAAGAUGCUCCUGGUAAUGGUAUUGCAAAGAUCGCACAGGAAUUUCGCACUAAAGGCGGCUGCUAUUGGAGAAAUGUCAAUUUCAACGUUUACAAAGAUAUUGAGGCUUUGCUACUCCAUAACAACGUUCUUCAUGACAGCUUAUGACCUGAAAGGGGAGGAAGCCAUGUAAAGC